GUCGUGUGUCGAAGUCGUAUAACGUUACAGUACCGAUACUAUCGAAUGUAAAAGCUGUUCCUGACGGUGUUCGGUGAUAAAAAGACGCGCGACGAUAAGGCGGAGUACAAAUAUCGCGACUACCUUUUCCAUUUAAAUACAGUCGCGCUAAUUUAUGAGAUCGUAAACUUGAGAUCACGUUCGACAUGGAACGUAUUCGAGAUGAAAAUGAAGGAAAGCGAACAACGUCGAAUAAACAAUACAUAUAAUUAUAGACGUUUUACACGAAAUUCGUGUCUUCGACGGAUGACGACGUCGACCGGUUUUAUCGAACGGAUUUAAAUCCAUAAAAAAAAACGGCGAGAUCCGGGACACGAUCUUACAAACGCGUAUUACAAAAGAAUUUAUUUCGCUUCCGAUACAAGAGAUACGCCACGAAAUAUAAACGCUGCGGUAAUAUAAAUUCCUGUCUUGCGAAUCCCGGACGGCGGUUUUUAUCGUUUCGACAUCGGGACAUUUACCAUCGUGAUAAUCCCUAAUUGGGUACCGAACCAAGAGACACCUGCAUGUUAUUUUCUCAUCAGUUCGUAUCCGGCAACAGUUACUGAAACCGCUGAACAUGUUAGGCCGGAUCCAUUAAAAACAUAAUGCGAGUUCGCGGCUAAGCACUUCCGGAUCUGGAAACCAGAAGAACCAAGGUGUCAUGAGGCAACUGCUAUUGCUUGUAGUCAUUCACAAUCUCGUGUCACCUGUUCGAUCGAUCCACGAUCUGAUAUGGAACAAGCAAAUGGAAAAAUUCGAGUCGAUCGCCAGCAGACCAAAUUUCGCCGUUUUGUACAACUAUGAAAACGACAGUCGUGCGAAACACACGUACAACUUCCAAGGGAAAGCUAUCAGAUUGGCCUAUUACGAUUAUCAGAUGCCGAACAUUAUCACCGGCGAGGAGAACGGAACAUCCGUCACGGGUUAUAUCGGCGAGAUAUGGAAAACUUUAGCGAAAUAUUUAAAUUUCACGUUGAAACCGAUCCUUACGAAUGAUAAGAGCGUAGGAUGGCAAAUGGACAAUGAAACCCUGUUUAGCCCAGGCUUAUUAAGGAUGCUUCAAUUAAAUCAAACGGACGUCGUGGCGAGAAUCGAAGGAGGCUUCAACAGACGUUCGAUAGCUCAGUUUUCGCAUCCAUUGAGAAGAACUAGGCGAGUUGCUGGAACUACGUUUAAACGCGAAGGCGAUCUUACGGACAUUAGAGUUCUCGAUACUUUCUGCCCUCCGAAUUGCCUUCGGAUCUCCUCUUCCCAAAUUGUCCAUUUUUGUGCGCGAUCCGAGCGUCAGUUAGGGAGACAUUACAGUAACGUGUUGUACCUUCAUUUCUUCGAUGUUUUUUUUACACCCUCGUUCAGGAUCGUCAUCUACAUAAAACCAGCAACGAGGCAUGUCACUACUUGGAUGUUGAAGCUGUUCUCGAGAGGAGUCUGGCUCGCGAUUCUGGCGACAUACGUGCUCAUAAGUGUAUUCGCUUACAUAUUCCGAGCGAUCGAGACGGGGAUGCGACGGCAGUGCAUGGCCGUGAACAUGAUCGAUUAUUUCUUCUACAAUUUCAGCGCGAUAUGCAAUCAAAGUUGCGAUUCAGGUGCUGCCAGUGAAAGUUCCAAGAUACUGGAAUAUUCGUCGGUUGUGUUCGCUUUUCUGAUCAACGUCUCGUUCAACGCGCUUGUGAUCGGCUACAUGACGCAAACGGUCACGGUGAUGCCUUUCAACGACGUAACGUCUUUAAUAUACGAUUCGCAAUACGAUAUCAUCACCGUGAAUGGUUCAAUGGCGCAUAUGUCGUACGAGAGGGAUUAUUUGCCGUCACACUCGUACAAGAAACCUAUAAAAAGGAUUAUCGUUGUGGACCAUCCGGCUGAACUGUUCAGGAAUCUGUGCUCGCAGGAAUUAAUGGCUACACUACUAAUCGAGGAAGAAAAACAAGCCAACAGACACUACAUGUGCGAUCUGGAGCCUUUGAUACUGCCUCGAAGUAUGGACAUAGUGUCCGGAAUCUCGUUGAACUUCGAAAACAAACGGAGCAUCGAUUUUGGAUUACUGAAAUUACACGAAACCGGCUUGAUUCACGCGAUGCACAAUUAUUGGUUGAAGUCCAAAAGAAGGCAGCAGAGCGGACCUGAACCAGUCCUCUUGGAGCAAGUGUAUUUGGUUAUCUAUUUAUUGUUCGUUGGUAUAUUUGUAUCGGUUACGAUUCUCAUAUUCGAGCUAAUUACGUUUCACAGCACGAAUUAACGUGUUUCCUCGAACCGGAAAGUGAAAUUUCCGCCACCUUAAAGAAACUGAACUGCACGCGUUUCCAUAACUCGCAUAAUUUAUAAUAAUAAUGACAAUAAUAAUAAUGAUGAUAAUAAUAAUAAUAGAAUAUUCUAGCUUGGAUUUCGCUAUAUUUAACUAGAAAAAUGUGCUGUCCCAGAACUUAGAUCUAUAAAAUGGUUAGACCAAGACUCGAUUCAACGAACACAUAUAAAAUAAUUAGUUUCGAUCGUGAUAGAAGAUUACGGUAUGAAACAAUGUAAACGUUACUAUAAUCACGAUUCUCCGAUCUUGCGAAUCCGGUAGAGCAAGGCUUAUCGGUGUAACAUCGGGGUACAUUUAGCAUCACGAUAACGCCUAACUAGUCAGUGAACUAAUAAAAAAUCUAACACGCGCGACAGUUUUACCCCAGUUUCUGUCCGGUUACAUUUAUUGAAACCGCGUUCGGCUGGUCGAUCGUGUGAAAAAUAUGGAAAAGUCUGGAAAAGUGAACGCAGCGUUGCAUAAAACGUCGGAACCGGUGAAAUGUAAUUUACGGAAAAUAAAAUGUAAUUAACGCAAUAUUUCUUUAAGACGAUGCGAGGAGAUAUAAAAUAUUUUAUAAAUGUAAUUUAUAAAACUGACAUUGUGUGGAAUUACAAUAAAUUCUCCCUAAUUUUCCUUCAGCUUGUAAACAAAAGUGGUCAAUUUGGAAGGAAAAUUAGGGAGAAUUAUUGCACCUUCUUUGCUCGAAUAUUCCUGUUCCGUCUCAUCGUUAUGUUCAAAGUAAAUUCAGUGUUGUUUUUUAUUUUAUUUUAUUUUAUUUUAUUGCAAAAACCGUGGAACACCGCAUCAUCGCGUCGUGAAAGUUCAUUUCAGUGUCAACAAUGCAGAAGCAGCUGAGCACUUCCGGUUUCGAAAACUCGAGGACCCACUACGUAAUUAGGCAGCUGCUAUUGCUUGCAAUUGUCUGCGAGCUACUGAUACCCGCGCAAUCAAUGGACGAUAUGCUAUGGAACAAGAGAACGCAAAAAUUCGAGUCGAUUGCCAGCAUACCAAAUUUCGCCUCUUUGUACAACGAUGACAACGAGAGCCGUGUGAAGGAUGAAUACAACUUCCAUGGGAAAGAUAUUAGAUUCGGCUAUUACGAUAUACCGAAGGUUAUCACUGGCAAUGAGACAGAAAUCUCCGGCUAUAUCGGCGAGAUAUGGAAAACUUUAGCAGAAUAUUUAAAUUUCACGUUGAAACCGAUCCUAUCGAAAGACGAAUAUAUAGGAUGGCUAGUUGACAAUGGAACUGAGUUUAGCCCUGGUCUAUUAAGGAUGGUUCAAUUAAAUCAAACGGACGUCGCAGGGAGGGUUGAAUCAGCCCCGGACAGAAGUAUCGCAGCACAGUUAACGCUUCCAUUGAAAAAAGCUAGGCGAGUUACUGGAGCUACGUUUAAACCUAUAGUCGAUCUUAUAAUUAUUAAAAUUUUCGAAACAUUCGUAAAAUCCGUAACAAUCUGUUCAGAUUUUAACUGUUUAGUUAGAAGCAUUGCCCUAACGAUAGUGGAUCCUAAACAAUUAAACGAUAAUUUGAUACACCAAUUACAAAGAUUCUUAUUACUUCUUUUAAAUAAUUUAAAGUGAAAUUUCUGAAGAGACAAACUAAUUUUGUGCUCAUUCACGUUUUCUUCGAUAUUUUAAACCUUCGUUUAGCGUUUACAUUUUCCUGAAAGCAACGCCGAAACAUAUUACCACCUGGGCGUUGCUGCUAUUCUCGAAGAAAGUCUGGUUCACGAUCCUGGCGACUUAUAUACUGUUAAGUAUAUGCAGUUACGUCUUCCAUGCAACGGAAACGGAAAUCCGACGGCAGAACAUAAGCCUGAGCCUGCUCGAUUAUUUCUUCUACAAUUUUGGAUUCUUGUGCACUCAAAGUUACAAUUCACGCGAUACUAACAAUAGCUCCAGAAUAAUGGUACAUUCGGUGGCUAUAUUUGCCUUGCUACUUAACGCGUCGUUCAACGCGCUUGUCAUCGGCUACAUGACACGAACGAACGUAGAACUGCCUUUCAAUGGCAUCGUAUCUGUAAUGGAGAAUACGCAGUACAAUGUUGUUGCUGUGAAGGAAUCCUCGGUGCAUAAGGGACUAGAGGUGGCUGCUAUUCCUAAUCGUUCAAGUAAAAGUCCCAAGAAAAGAUAUUUCGCUGUGGACAAUAUCACUGAACUAUACAAGACACUGUGCUCGAAGGAAUUAGUAUGCGCAUAUCUGUUGGACGAAGAAACAAUACAGGACGGAAACUUCUGUGAUCUACAGUCUAUAGGACCAGUUGGAUCAAUAAACAUAGUGUCCGGAAUCUCGUGGAACUACAAAAACAAACAGAUCAUCGAUUAUGGAUUAUUGAAAUUAUACGAAAACGGCGUUCUAAACAAGAUACAGCGUAGUUGGCACAAACAGAAAGUGGACGAGAAUACACGUGAACCUGAAGCAAUCGUCCUGGAACAGGUGUAUUUAAUUCUCUUAUUAUUGUUCGGCGGUAUGUUAACGUCGAUCAUAAUUCUCAUACUCGAGCAAAUUACGUUCCAUUGUAAAAAGUAACGUCGAUUCAACAAUUUCACGUCAAUUUAACAUCAGUUCGUAUAUCUUUCUCAGCACUAGACGUAAUAAGAUGAAACAAUUAAUUAUUUCAACUUCGUUGUAUUCAUGUUAGCGAUAACACGGAGAAAGUUAUUCGGACAAUACCUAAGCUAGAUUGUACUAUGUAUAUUUAAGGCCGGCAUCAGAUGGUCGGUUGACGGCGAUUUGCCGCCGAAAGAACAUUCAACUGCAGCUUUGUGCCGCGGCGUUUUACUAUUGAAAACAAUAGUAAUUGCGGUUCCGAUUGAAAAAUGUAUACAAUCUUAAAUCUAUAAAAUAUUUGACUUAGGAAACAACUCCACGAAUACAUUUUAGAGAAUGAUUUAUUUCGAUCGUAAUGUGAGUUUACGUCGCAAAACACAAACCUCCGGGUGACCUAAAUUCCGGUUUUACGCUUCCGUGACCGAGGAACUUAUCAACUCAACAUCGGAACAUUUAAAAUCAUGAUAACGCUUAAUUAGACGUUGAAUUUGCGAAACCAACACGCAUAACAUUCUCGUUUCAGAUCUUGUUCUGCAGUAUUUAUUGAGUUUCAGAACUUUUAAAUGAUUCGGCUGAAAGCGAUACUAAUGGAGAUUAUCGAUAAUGAAAGCUAGUCUGGUGAUACCGGCGAUACGAAAUGUAAUUUUCCAUGUUACUUUUUUAAAACGUAACUUUAAAACAUAUCGCGUGCGAUGGCUAGCAUUAACCAUGAAAGACAGUAUUAAAAUAUUGAGCAAUUAAAUAUAGUCAAUAAUAAAUAAUGUUAUAACAAGCAUCACAAUGGUAAAAAUUUUAACUCGGCGAGAUUGAUCUAACAAUGUUUUAUUUGCUACCACUUUGUUCAAAAUAUCAACAAUAAAAUCGAUGCUAAUUAUAAAA